UUCCGGCUGUCUCCAGGAGACUCGUCCGGGAGCCCCCCCAGCCCCAGUGGCGCUCUGUGGCGUGCUCCUGCCCGGCCACGGUCCUCGGUGCGGCCCCCGCCAUGGGAAGCCUCCUGCCUCUGCUUUGCUUCAUCCUGGCCUGGGAGUUCGGUGGCGCGACUCUGGCAAAGUCCGACCCCAAGAGAGCAGACCCCAAAACCCUCCAGGAGAAGACCCAGCUGUCUACACUGACCGUCCAAGAACGGGGCUUAGUGGUUACGGAUCUCCGGGCGCAGGAUGUGGUCUUAGAGCACAACAGCUACUGCGCCCAGAAGAGCAGACAGAAGCACUUUCCUGGACACGUCCUGGGAUACGUCACCCCGUGGAACAGUCACGGCUACGACGUCGCCAAGAUCUUCGGGAACAAGUUCACCCUGAUCUCCCCGGUGUGGCUGCAGGUGAAGCGCAGGGGCCGAGAGCUCUACCAGGUCCUGGGGCUCCACGACGCCGACCAAGACUGGAUAAAAGCCCUCAAGAAGCAAACAAAAGGUGUUCAGCUUGUGCCCCGGAUCUUGUUUGACAAGUGGACUCGGGACGACUACAAAAGCUUGUUCAGCAGUGAAGACGAGAUCGAGGAGUUCGCAAAGACCUUGGUGCAGGUGGCAAAGAGCAAGCACUUCGACGGCUACGUGUUGGAGGUCUGGACCCCCUCCUUGCGGGAGCAGCAGAGGGAGCUCCUGCACAUGCUCACUCACGUCGUGGAGGCCCUGCAUCAGGCCCAGCUGCUGGUCCUCCUGGUGGUCCCCUCUACCAUCGUGCCGGGGAAGGACCAUCUGGGGAUGUUCACGAAAGACGCGUUCGACUACCUGGGCCCCCUGGUGGACGGCUUCAGCCUGAUCACCUACGACUACUCUGCUGCCGAGCCGCCCGGCCCAAACGCACCCUUGUCCUGGGUGCGAGACUGCAUCGAGAUCCUGGACCCAGACUCCAAGUGGCGGAGUAAGAUCCUGCUGGGCCUCAAUUUCUACGGCAUGGAUUUCUCCGCCACCACAGACUCCAGGGAGCCGAUCCUCAGAGACAGGUACAUCCGAGUCCUCAAAGACCACAAGCCCAGGAUGGUGUGGCACCCCGAGGCCGCCGAGCACUACUUCGAGUACAAGAGAAGCAAAAGCAAAAAGCAUUUCAUCUUCUUCCCGACCCUCAAGUCCAUUCAGCUGCGGCUGGACCUCGCCAAGGAGCUGGGCACCGGCAUCGCCAUCUGGGAGCUGGGACAAGGCCUGGACUACUUCUACGACCUGCUCUGAGUGCGGGCGGCCGCGCGCCCGCCUUCGCCCUCCACAAACUGAGCCUCUUUUUGAAGAAUCGGACUUUUGUACGCCUCGGGGUGCCGGGAGAGUCUCUGGAAUACACGUCGGUGGUUCUUUCCUGUGCGGAGCUCGCCCUGGUGUCUGCCUGGGGGCCGCGCGGGGCGCAGAGGGAGAGCGGGAGGAGCCUGCCCGAAGCGGGGGGCUCUUCUGGGCCCGGCCCCGGGGAAAGCGGGGAAGAGCCUCGGGGGGACGCCGGGGCCCACGAGGCUGCGCCCUCCCACACACGGGCACGGCUCGGCGCCUGCCCCGGACCACCCGGAGGAGCUCAGCGCAGUGACAGGUGGACCGAGCGGGCCCUCGCCCGCCGCUCAUUAAAGCCCUCUCGAUUUCC